AUGCUUGCAGAUCGGGCACUGGCGGUGGCACAUGAGCCGUUGGCCGAUGCAUUCUCGGAGAUAAAAGUGCAAACACGAAUCUGGAAGUUGAACGUGGAAAGUGCAAUAAUUUGCAGUGCGUUAAUGCGACGGAGCAAUGAUAAGAAGCGCAGCGUGUUUCGAUCCUCAUCUGCGUCAUUGCCAAUCUCAGGUGUUCCAGCGAAGAUGAAGUAG